AAGAAGUGGUGUGUUGGCUGCUCUUUGUGCUGUACACAUUCCCAAAUAGUUAGCUCAGGGCUUCGGAGUGUGCAGUUCUUUCCACAGAAAUUCAAAACCCGUCAAAGCGUUUGCAUUUCUUCAAGUAAAAGAUGAUCCCCUUUCGGGUAACUUCAUUUGUUUGUCUCAGCAUUUUUUUCUUCAGCUGGGGAGAGACUGUGAUAAGUAAUGUCAAACCUUGUUCCUCCAAGGGCACAAGGAAUGUUGGAGCUGUGGAAGAACCACUCAAGGCAGAAGAGAAAAAUAAAUCUGCAGAUAUUUCAAAACAAAAAGAACAAUGCCUUGUACCAUGUGAUGUUCAAGCUAAAAUUUUACGAGGGGAAAAACAUUACAUGUGCAGAAAUUUGCAGAACUCUCUUGUUGAAUAUGCAAGAAGUACAAAAAAAAUGGUAAGAAACAUGAUGGAUGAUCAACAAUCUUCUUUGGAUUACCUUUCUAAUCAGGUGAAUGAACUCAUGAACAGACUACUUCUUUUGAAUGCAGAAGUUUUAAGAAAGCAUUUAGAUCCACUUCCUUACAAAGCAGUUCAAUCUCAUGGGCUGGAUUGCACUGAUAUUAAAGAUACCGUAGGUUCAGUUUCAAAAACUCCAAGUGGUCUCUACAUUAUCCAUCCAGAAGGAUCAAAUUAUCCUUUUGAGGUUUUGUGUGACAUGGAUUUUCAAGGAGGUGGAUGGACUGUGAUUCAGAAAAGAACUGAUGGAAUCAUUGAAUUUCGGAGAACAUGGUCUGAAUAUCUGGAUGGAUUUGGUGACCUAUCUGGGGAAUUUUGGCUUGGAUUGAGGAAGAUUUUUCAUAUAGUAAAUCAAAAAGCAACUAGUUUCAGUCUCUAUGUGGAUUUGGAAUCUGAAAAUGACAAGCAUGCUUACUCAUCAUAUGAUGGAUUUUGGAUAGAGGAUGAAGCAUGUUCUUUUAAAAUCCAUUUAGGGCGUUAUUCAGGAAAUGCUGGUGAUGCAUUUAGAGGAUACAGAAAAGAAGAUAAUCAGAAUUCAAUGCCUUUCAGCACAUUUGAUGUUGAUAAUGAUGGAUGCAGGCCAAUCUGCACUAUUAAAGAACAGCCUGUAAAGAGCUGCAGUAACUUCAGUGAUAAAACUGGAUGGUGGUUCAGCCAGUGUGGCCUUGCAAAUCUUAACGGUAUUCAUCGCUACACAGGUAGAUUCCUUGCGACUGGGAUUCACUGGGAUACGUGGACAAUGAACAAUAAACCAGUCAAAAUUAAAUCAGUUUCAAUGAAAAUUCGGAGAACCUAUAAUCCCUAUUUCAAUUAACCUAUGGAAAUAGAAAUAUAUCUCUUGCAGUUAUGUCGAAUAAUGUAUCAGGAUAACAUUAAUGCCUUUCCUUUUCAGUUAAACAGUUCAGUCUUAAAACUUUAUUAGCUAUUUCCAUAACAUAGUUACUAAUUUCCAUUAUGAAUUGUCAGCAUAGAUGUUUGUAGUGUUUCUACUUGAGCGAGAAGGGCCUAAGAAUAGAGUUUUGGAAUAAGGAUGGAGCUUAGAGUGUUUAUCAGCUUAUAUUCAGCUCACUCUCAGAGGCACUGGAAAAAUUGUAAAAAAACACAUCACUUGAUUUUACACUGAAAAAAGAGUAAUGUUGGAUUUUGAACAAAUUUUUUUAUGAUCUCUGCACAUCUGAAUUGCCAAGAAAUUGCAGCAUUCUUUUUUUUUUUAAAAGUCAUAUACCUGCUGUUUCUGUCAUCAUAUUUUGGAAAAAUACCUUUUCUUCACCUUAGCUUAAUUUUCCAUAACAAGCACUUCUUUCUAAACCCCUUCUCAGGCAAGAUACACUGACUUAUGUCAGCACAUAUGUAAGGUUCAAUAUACUCU